UUGCGCCCGCGCACCGGCUCGCCACGCACGCGCCGUGUAAGUGACCAGUGAUAGUGACAUGGUUUUGUGUGUAAAUCGGAUUCCGUUACUGUGCCAUUGAAAUCGGCGUGUUGCAGACAGUGCAAGUGCGGUGAUGCGCCGCGAGCGCGCGCGUUCGACACAUGCAUGCCGCCCGCGCACCCGGUGUGGUUGUGAUGUCAUGGUGGUGGGCGCUGGCGCUGUUAGCGCUGUACGCGCCCGCUCGAGCCUCGCCCCGGGCGGGCACCGGUGAGCUAUUUUACAGUUAUCAAAUGUCGCGCAAGUCGUGUUCGGUUGGAGGUGCUCGAGGUGCGUGUAUGUGGGUGCAGGAGUGCAACCGAGUGGGCGGUGUGCACGCCGGCGUGUGCGUCGAUGGCUUCAUGUUCGGUUCAUGUUGCCGCUUACCGGACAAGCCGUUGGUCGCAGAGACAACAAGUCCAGUGACAACAACAGAACGACCGUACACAGCGCCACCCAGUGCCCGACCCAGCACUUCGAGCGCGCCAAUAGAAACUUCAACUCAAACCUCAAAGCCGAACUUGCAAACAGUGCGGCCGUCGUUCAUGACGAAACCGAUAGAUGGCGCGCCAACAUCAUACAGUUAUCGCCCGCCUGAAAUUAAUUUACCUUCUGUAGACAAUUUACAAGCGAAUAGCGAACAAAAUAGUGAUAUAGUUAAUAAAAUAACAUAUAGCAGUGUAAAUAAGUACCAAAAUGUACAUAGGCCGAGCAGUGAAGUGGAAACUAGUCCCCACAACAAAAUUUCGUCUAGUCUUAGCAUAAUGUCGGGUGCGCGACCUAUGGCCGUGUCUGAACAACACGGAGAAAACAGCAUUUCAUCAGGGCACAUGAUGUCGCGACCGAACAACUUAAACACUAUCCACUGGCAAGCAACUACAGAACCAGCUUUUAUUACGAAACCAAGACCUAACUGGGAUAAACCUGUAGGCAAACCCAAACCAACGAAAAAGUUCACCACUACUACAAGCAAACCACAUAAAAACUAUAUGAAACCUAAGGAUCCGUCUCAAAACAUGAUCAAUAAAACCGACGAGUCUACAUCGGCGCCGAUGCAUACUAUGGCAGCAACCAAUGCCGUUGAAUGUGGUGUAACUGCUAUGUGGCCACGACCAGAAACGCGUAUCAUGGGCGGUCAAGAUUCUUCGUUUGGUCGCUGGCCGUGGCAGGUCUCUGUUCGAAGAAACUCUUUCUUCGGCUUUUCCUCGACACAUAGAUGUGGCGGUGCCAUUAUCAAUGAAGGAUGGAUCGCAACAGCUGGACACUGCGUUGAUGAUCUCCUGACAUCUCAAAUAAGGAUACGUGUGGGAGAAUAUGACUUUUCCUCGGUGUCGGAACAGUAUCCUUACGUUGAAAGAGGUGUCGCCAGAAAAGCAGUUCAUCCGAAAUACAAUUUCUAUACCUAUGAAUACGAUCUUGCUUUAGUAAAGUUAGAUUCGUCUGUUCAAUUUGCACCGCAUAUUUCACCAAUAUGUCUACCAGCGAGUGAUGAUCUGUUAGUGGGAGAAAAUGCUACUGUCACCGGGUGGGGAAGACUGUCCGAAGGAGGAGUUCUUCCUUCAGUUUUGCAAGAGGUGCAAGUACCGAUAGUGUCCAACGAACGAUGCAAAUCGAUGUUUCUCCGAGCGGGUAGACAUGAAUUCAUUCCUGAUAUCUUCCUCUGCGCUGGCCACGAGAGAGGCGGCCACGAUUCAUGCCAAGGAGAUUCGGGUGGUCCAUUACAGGUCAAAGGGAAGGAUCAUAAAUACUUUCUGGCGGGUAUCAUAAGUUGGGGCAUCGGAUGUGGCGAGGCAAACUUACCGGGAGUUUGUACGAGAAUAUCUAAGUUUGUCCCUUGGAUAUUACAAACAGUAAACUCUUAAACCGGCGUUAAUCGUGUUUGUCAAGACAUUUAAAACUUUGAAAGUGACAGUGAUGAAAACCACGGUGCAGUAGGCACACAUUUUGAUAAAGCUAAUAAUUUCGUUAAUAUUACUAUUGGCUUCAAAAGAUUCAAUUAUAAAAAUCAAUUUCAACUACAGAAAUAAGUGAAUCGUAACAAACUCUGAUGAUGAUGUAUCAAACGACUGUCGAUUUACCGAUUUAACGACUUCAAUAAGUUACCUUCAAAAAUGUUGAUUUAAUUCAACGUUUUCUGAGGCGUUUUAUUAACGGAAUAGUCCACCGAAGGCUGUACAGAACUUGUGAAAUGCGAGAUUCUGUAUCAAGUUAAUUUGAUAAAGGUGAUAUUUUUUGUGUAACUUUUGCAGAUAUCACUUGUUAUCAAUGAAAAUAUUAAUAUCAAGUGAUAAUCUGUCAUAGCCGUUCAGGCUUGGACUUUAAUAAACGCCCUUACGUACACAGCUUGUUUCCAAUCAAAUUAAUUACGUUUCAUACACUGGCGCCGGAUGCAAUGUCAAAGAGCUUAUUGUAAAUACGAUUAUAUUUGAAUAUUUUAUAUCGUUUCAGCGAAUGUAUGCAAUACAUGCAGUACUACUUGCUAUAAUUUCGACGUUUAAUUGAAAACAAUUCAAUUCGAAUUUAAUAUAUUUACCAUGUGUUUUUUGUAAAUUUUAUUAGUCUCUAUCAAUUAUUAUAAAUUGUUCUGACAUAUUUUUAUAUUGUAAAUAAUAAGUCUUCUUGCCUGUUAUGCUUAAUACUUUGUAUACAGUAUUAUUUAUUAUAGCUCUUCUAUAUACAAUCUGAGCAUUUUUGUAAAUAGCAUGCCACUAUUGUUAGUAAUUUAUCUAACAAUAUACCGUAGUUGUUAUGAAUAAGCAUAAUAAUGUACACAAAUAAGAUCAAAAUUAUUAAUAUAAUUAUUUUUAAUUUAAUCACUACUGUAUAGAAGCUUAGGUAAUUAAUUAGUUAAACAAAAAUGUGAAAAUUACCAAAUCACAAUUCGUUAUAAUUAUUCUGUAUGUGUGUGCAUUUAGCAAGUAGUUCAGUGAUGUUUAUAAUAAUGUUUAUUUUAUUAUAAUUUUGUUUGAAUGAAUAGUUUAU